CCAUUGGCUUCCGCCGCGCCUCGCGCUGCUGAUUGGCUGAGACGCGGCAGCGGCGCGCUCCCAUUGGCCGAUCGCGCCGUCAAUCCCGGCGGAGCCCCCGGAGCGCCCGCCCCCGCGGUUAUCAGGUUAGUGCGCGCCGCGGUGCUGCGCUCGGGCUUCCGAGCGGCGCUGGGCGAGCCCGAGUCCCUCCGCGCCCCGCGAUCGGGGGGCUCUGCACGGGGUCACUGCGCCAGCCGAGCCGCGCACCCUCCGCGCCUCCCGCCAGCCACGGACAUGGACAUGAAGAAAAGGAUCCACUUAGAGCUGCGGAACAGGACGCCCUCAGAUGUGAAAGAGCUCGUUCUGGACAACUGCAGGUCGUUCGAAGGGAAAAUCGAGGGCCUCACGGAUGAGUUUGAGGAGCUGGAAUUCCUCAGCACAAUCAACGUCGGCUUAACCUCAGUUGCAAACUUACCAAAGUUAAACAAACUUAAGAAGCUCGAGCUGAGCGACAACAGAAUCUCAGGAGGCCUGGAAGUGUUGGCAGAGAAGUGUCCGAACCUCACGCACCUAAACCUAAGCGGCAACAAAAUUAAAGAUCUCGGGACAAUAGAACCUCUGAAAAAGUUGGAAAACCUGAAGAGCUUAGACCUGUUCAACUGUGAGGUGACCAACUUGAACGACUACAGAGAAAACGUGUUCAAGCUGCUGCCGCAGCUGACGUACCUGGACGGCUACGACCAGGACGACAAGGAGGCGCCCGACUCCGACGCCGAGGGAUACGUGGAGGGGCUGGAUGACGAGGAGGAGGAUGAGGAUGUUUUAUCCCUAGUGAAAGACCGGGACGACAAGGAAGCGCCGGAUUCCGACGCCGAGGGAUACGUGGAAGGGCUGGACGACGAGGAGGAGGAUGAGGAUGAGGAGGAAUACGACGACGACGCUCAGGUAGUGGAGGAUGAAGAGGACGAGGAGGAGGAGGAGGAAGGGGAGGAGGAGGAUGUGAGCGGAGAGGAGGAGGAGGAUGAGGAAGGCUACAACGACGGCGAGGUGGACGAUGAGGAGGAUGAGGAGGAGCCUGAGGAAGAGCGGGGCCAGAAGAGGAAACGAGAGCCUGAGGAUGAUGGGGAUGAGGACGACUGAGCAGCUUUUCCCUGGAAAAAAUUCCCUCUUGUGAUUUGACUGUUUUUAUCCCGGAAUUCUCCCUUUUCCCACUCCCGACCCUUUGGAUUUCCUUUUCUUUUCCUGGUUUUUUUUUUUUUUUUUUUUUUUUGGUUUUUUUUUUUCCGGAUUGUAACGUUGCUGUGGGAACCGAGCGGGAGCAGCGAGGGUGGGAAGGGAAUAAAAUCCUAUUUUUACUGCCGCUCCUCCUCCGAUUUCUUUGGGAAUUUUUUCCUUGGAUCCUUUUCCUUGAAUCCCUGGAACUGCGAGAGUUGAGUAGGAACCGAGUUGGGAAUUCUCGGAGCGGAGCUUGGACAUCUCGGAAGCAAAACAAGGAGAGAACCGACUUGAAAUCCAUGGAUGAGCCAGGAUUUUCCCACCUCUGCCAUUCCCAAAUCCACAUUUUUUUGGGAAUGGCAGCCAGGCCUCCUCCCUGGGGUGGCAAUGGUGCCUUGCUCCAUGGGGGGUUUUUUUGGGAAUGCUGCUAUUUCCAGCCCCUUUUCCCAACCUUGGGAAUUCCCUCUUUGUAAAUAGUGAUCAAGCAUUGAUUUUUUUGGGAAUGUUGGAUUUUUUGGGAUGGGUUCAGAGCUGGUGACUUUGCGAUCCCUGUGUGUUGUGUGUUCCCAGUUUUCCUUUAAUUUGGGAGGGAAUUUUAGGUUUUUUAAGGAAGUUUUUUUUAUUUUGGGGGUUUUUAGGGGAAUUUAGGGGGAUUUUUGUGGCUCCAGUGCAGCCAAAUCCCUGGAAAUGGCAGGCAUGAAAAAAAAAUGGGAAUCCCUACAAAAAAUAUCCCAAAUUCCCAAAUUUCCCGACCUUGGAAUCAACCAACUCCUCCCCCAUUUCCCAAUCAGCUCCUUCUGGAAUUUCUGCCCCAAUCCAGGAAAAAACACUUGGAAAAUCCCAAUUUUUUUCACCCAGAAAGCCAGGAAUUCCAGGAGAGAAAUACCUGAAAUUCCAUGGAAAUUCCUGAAAAUUGUAUUUUCUUACCUUGUGGGAGGCAAGAAACAAGGAAAAUCCUUGGGGAAUGUACAGAUCCUGUGGGAAAAGUCCCUUUGGAAGUGACUUGGAUUUCCUAGGAAAGCUUCCGUGUGUAGAAAUCCAGCGGCUCCAGGUUUUUUUGGGAAUUUGGGGGCCCAGCAGAGCCACCUUUGGAGUUUUUGUCUGUUUGGCUUUGAGGAAUUUCAAUAAAGCUUUUUAUACAAA